AUGUCCGACGCCGACUCCCAAACCAUCACCGUCCCCGUCAUCCUCAACGGCGUGACCGGCCGCAUGGGCACGAACCAGCACCUCAUCCGCUCCAUCCUGGCCAUCAUCUCCGCGGGCGGCGUGCCGUUCCUCGCGCCCGCCACCAACACCACCGCCACCAGCAGCGACCCCAGUCCCCACAGCACAACCAUCAUGCCUCGACCCAUCCUCGUCGGCCGCUCCGAAGGCAAGCUCGCCGCGCUGGCCGCCGCGCACGGCCUGACCGAGUACACGACGGAGCUGCGUCCGCUGCUCGAGCAGCUCGCGAGCGAUGCGCACGCACACGCGCACGCGGUCUACUUUGACGCGUCGUCCACGGCGGCGCGGUUCGAGGCGGUCAAGAUGGCGCUGCAGGUCGGGAGCGGGGGGAUGCACGUGUACGCGGAGAAGCCGCUGGCGGGGAGUGUGGCGGAGUGUGUGGAGCUGGGACGGCUGGCGGCGGAGCGGGGCAGGCGGAACGGGGUGGUGCAGGAUAAGUUGUUCUUGCCGGGGUUGAGGAAGUUGAGGGGGUUGUUGGAGGAGGGGGUGUUGGGGAGGGUGAUGAGUGUGAGGGGGGAGUUUGGGUAUACGGUCUUCUCGGGCUUGGAGGGGGAAGGAGAGGGAGAGGGGGAGGAGGGAAGGGUGCCGCAGCGGCCGAGCUGGAAUUAUAAGAGGGAGGAAGGGGGUGGGAUUAUUAGGGAUAUGUUGUGCCAUUGGCAGUAUUUGAUUGAGGGACUGUUUGGGCGGAUCAAGGCGGUGAGUUGUUUGGGGGCCACGCAUGUUAAGCAGAGGGUGGAUGAGGAGGGGCGGACAUAUGAGGCUACAGCUGAUGAUGCGGCUUAUGCAACGUUUGAGCUCGAGGAUGGGGUUGUGGUGCAUUUCAACAGUAGUUGGUGCGUUAGGGUGCGUCGCGAUGAUCUGUUAAGUAUUCAGGUGGAUGGCACGAAGGGCAGUGCGGUCGUGGGUCUCCGGGAAUGUUGGGUACAGAGCGCGAAAGAGACGCCUAGAAUCGUUUGGAACCCUGAUGUUCCUCCGGUAGAGGAUUACUGGAAGGGCUGGCAGCAGGUGGAAUCCAAGGAUGAUGAAGAAGUAAAUGCAUUUCGAGCACAGUGGGAACAGUUCCUGAGGCACGUAGUUGCGGGAACGGAGUGGCAACAUGGCUUCGACCAGGGUGCGAGGGGUGUGCUGGUCACCGAGACGGCGGAGAGGAGUUGGAGGGAGAGGAGAUGGGUUGACGUACCUGAGUUGUGA